AUGGUCCUAAGAGACGAGGACCUUCGAGGGCUCAAUUACUCGGACAUCUUCAUGGACCCUGCCACCAAAGUCAAACGCGAAACCCUGCCGGAUUUUAAUGAUCCUGAUUGGCACAGUACAAAGCUCAUCCACUCCUGGCCUAACGUGAAGGAUAGGGUAUCCUAUGAGAGUCAAGGGGACGCUACAAGGAGCUGUUUCCAACGUCAGCGCGUGUCGUGCCGUCACAUCACUCAUUCUGACCGUCAUAGCGGCUCGAGCGAGGCCAAGGCCAAGAUGUUACGAAUCAGGCAAGAGGAUAUCAGGAAUGCUGGCCGUUGGAUACAACAUUCCAGCAAAAUGGACGUGUACUAUGAUGACGAACCCGCUUACUUUUUCGCAGUUCAGAUGGCUGGAUUUCUUGGCGGACAGGUACCAUUUCAUCUCAAGCGGAACGAGGUCUCGCCUAGCUUGGACCUGCAACGACAAAUUUUUCCUUUCAUCGAGGCCGCAUUUGGACCUCCAGGCAGCCCUGAGUACGACGAAUGGCAAGUAGAGUGGCUUCGGAGGACAGCAGCUGAGCGCUUGGAUCAAGCCAUGAUGUAUUGGGACACCGUGUUUGAUUAUGGCAUGAACGUUUUCAAGGAGACCGCUUCCCGAAUUGAGUCCAACGCCGAUAGCAGCAUGCCUCCAAGAUGGACCACAGUUGCCCAGCACCAGCCCUUGCCCCAGCCGAGGCCUCCUCACCCUCAAGCCAUGCCUGUGCACCAGCAGUCAUCUGUGACUACGACCACAACCGCAACCGCGACCAUGACAACCACCACCGCUACGACGACUACCAAUGUAACAACUGGCGGCGUUACAGUCAACUACAGACUAGGAAGCGUGGCUGCUAUCUGGGAAGGGUAUCAAGAGUUCGAGCAGGAGCGACAAAAGUCUGGAAAGAAAUCACUGGGCAUCUCCAGGAAACACCAGAAACAGCUUAACAACAAAAGACGGGUUAUUGAGGAAGUAGAGUAUCGCGCCGGCCAAAUCAGAGCGAACGAUCUCAGCAUGGGUCAAGAGGAUUCCAUCCAGAGGUCUAUGUUGGAGCUUGAUACUUUGUUCAAGAAGCGCUCAUGGACUGUUAACCAGCUGAUCAACUAUUGCCGAGAUCAGAAGGCCGAGAGAGAAAGAACUGAAGCCGCCGAGUAG